GGACGAAGUAGUAAAGAGGGUAAUGCGACUAGUGGCCCAGAGCCUCAACGAGCUGCUAAAGGUGCCUGGCCAACAGUUGUUAUCGAGGCAGGAUUCUCUCAGCCGUUGGGGGAAUUGCAUAUAGCUAUGCAGCUGUGGGUUUUUACGUCGAACCACGAGGUUAAGAUUGUUCUUCUUGCCAAGUUUAACGGUACCACAAUCCUUUUGGAAAAGUGGGAGGAAGAGGUGCAAGUUCGCCCUGGAGCUACCACAACACGACAGUCUCUUCAACACCCAGCACCUGUGCUCCGACAAAGCAUCACUAUUACCCGAAACACUACUACCAACCCGACAUCGUAUAAUGUCACUAGCGGCGCAUUGGUACUGCCAUUCCGGCUUCUCUUCCUUAGAGAUGCGGGCCCUGGGGAGGGAGACUUCGUUUUCAGCGUUGAAGAACUGGAGUGGUACGCGGAAAUUUUCUGGGCUUACGUGUAGAUUAGUAGAAGUAUAGAUUAGCAGAAGUGUAGAUUAGCAGCCAAUCCAAUUCAGCGU